GGAGCAGCAGCUGGUCUCGGUUCAGUCUGUCGCAACGGUUUUCUUCUUCUUCUCUUUGUUUAACUGAGAAGUUCUGAUCAACAAACUGCGGCUGCUGCAGGCGGAUUAAACCCGGAUUAAAUCCGAAUUAAAGGCUGAUGAGCAGCAGGAGCGGGACCUGAAGACCCGGGACCUGGAGACCCGGGACCUGGAGACCUGGGACCCCGAGCGGAUCAGAGGGGAGAGGAGUGUUUGGACCAGAAUCUGGAUCAUGGGUCGGUAGGACGGACGGACGGACCGACGGACUCUGUGGAAACUUUUUUCUUUGUCUCCAUGGAGACGGGAGUUUUUCCCGGCAAUUAAGGAGUUGAUCACACUGUGAUCAGGUAUUGAUACCCUGUAUUGAUCGUGUACUGAUCGGCGGGAUGGGCGCGCUCCUCCUGUUGCUGCUCGCGCUCUUGACCUGCGGACACGCCAAGAGCGCGUUCACGCAGCGACCAUCCUACAGCCUGUACGCCGGCGGGCACGCGCACGGAGCUCGAGCUGCCAGCAGACACAGAAACUGGUGUGCAUUUGUGGUGACGAAGACAGUGAGCUGUGUGGUCGAGGACGGAGUAGAGACCUACGUGAAGCCUGAUUAUCAUCCGUGCAGCUGGGGGAGCGGACAGUGCAGCAGGGUGGUGGUGUACCGCACCUACAUGAGACCCCGCUAUAAAGUGGCCUACAAAAUGGUAACAGAGAUGGAGUGGAAGUGUUGCCAUGGUUACAGUGGAGAGGACUGCAACGAUGGUCCAGUUGGAGGAGCAGGAACUCAGCCCAGACCGGGACAAGGAGGACAGAGGGGAGAGACAAACUAUGGACAGGGGGGAGGAGGAGGAUAUGGACCUGGACAGAGUGGAGGACACAGUGGACGAGUUGAGAAUGAAAAGAUGAGGCAGCUGGAGGAGAAGAUCCAGAGUUUGACCAAAAACCUCCAGGACCUUCAGUCCACCCUGAGCAACAUGAACAGACUGAGCAUCAGUGCAGGAGGAGGAGGAGGAGGAGGUACCUCCUCAGGAGGAAGAAACCCCGCUGAUGCAGCUCAGCCGGAGAUUAAAGAGACGAUUCACAGCAUUCAGACCAAACUGGACCAGCUGGACAACCGUACACAGGCUCAUGAUAAAACUCUGGUCAGCAUCAACAACCACCUGGUGAAUGGGAAAGGGAACGACCUGGAUGGAGGUCUGUCUGGAGGAGGACUGAGCGGAGGGAGGCUGAAUUCACUGAAGGAGGAGAUCCUGAGGGAGUUGGAGAGGAGGGUGUCGCUAUCCUGCUCCUCCUGUCAGGCUGGUGUGGAGGAUCUGCGCCGGCAGCAGCAGGAGGACAGGGAGAGUAUCCGAAGUCUGCAGAAGCAGUUGAAUGCCAUGGAUGUUCGGUAUCGGCAGGGCUUGGACGGGCUGCGACGGGAAGUGAUGCAUCUGAAAGGAUGCUGUGACACUGUUGAUGACCUCCAAAACCGCAUCACUGAUGCUGAGCGCAAGAUCAGCUCGGCCUCAGAGAACUUUGAUGUUCUGCAGAACCGUGUGGACAAGGAGCUCAGCGGAGGAGGCGGCAGCAGCAACAGGGAGAAUGGCGGCUUCAGAGGAGGAGGGUUUACUGGUGGCGAUGAAAUCAGGGGAAAAGGGAGGGAUGUUGUGGUGACAGAGGACAGACUGGACAAUCAGCUAAAGGACCUGGAGCAGCGGAUCAACAACACUGUGCAGCGGACGGAGCAGAGCUGCUCAUACCUGGAAAACGAUCUGAAGGACUACAUUCACAGAGAACUGGGGGACCUGAGAACGGUCUUCCUGGACCGCUUCGAUGACCAGGCCUUCAGGAUCGCAGACGUGGAGCUGGACGUGGGGCUGGUGAAGGACAGGGUGAGCGACCACGACAACCGGCUGUCCAACCUGGAAAACAAGACGUCCCUCCUGAGCUGGAGUCUGGAGGAGUGCAGCUGUGGAGGGUCUGAGGGAGGAGGAGGAGAAGGGGGAAGAGGAGGGGGUGACUGGGUAGGUGGAGGAGGACGUUCAGAAGAACGUCCGGGAGGAGGAUCUACAGGUGGAGGGUCAACAGGUGGAGGGUCUACAGGUGGAGGAUCUACAGGUGGAGGGUCUACAGGUGGAGGGUUACCUGGUUCAGGAGGAGACAGAGAGAGUGCAACAGAGAAAUCACUGGAGUGGAGAGUGAUCGCCAACGAGGAUCAGAUUCGACACUUUAACACUCGACUCAAAGACCUGUCGGUUUCUGGAGACUCUCUGCUCGACAAGGUGGUGGACCUGAGCCAUGACGUCCGUAAGAUCAAAGCUCUGACUGGAGAUCAUGGCGAACACUUUAACCGGAUCGUGACAGAGGUGGAGCUGCUGGGACAUGACUGUGAACUAUGCAGGAAGGUGGAGGACGAGCUUCGGAGGCUGAAGAAUCAUUCCCAAGAUGCACUGGGGCACGUGCAGAGCCACAUCAACAGACUCCAGAUCAGAUUGGACUCAGGGAGGGACAGCUGUUUCCAGAUGUGUUCACAGCUGGAGGACGACGUCCGCCUGCUAAGAGAUGAUGUUAGGAGGUGCACCGGCCAAUGUAAGACCAGCUCGGACACGCCCACAGGUGGUGGAACUGGUGGCACUGGUGGCGCUGGUGCUGGUGGUAGCAGUGGACGUGGACCUGGGUUGGACGCUGAGAAGCCUCUAGAUGGCCACAGCGUGAUCGGAGGCUCCAUCAACAACAACCAGCUGAAGACGCUGCAGGGUGAACUGUCUGAGGUCAUCCUCACCUUCAGCUCCAUCAACGACACGCUUAAGGGACUCGAACACACGGUACAGAAACACGGCAGCGUCAUCACCGACCUUGGAAACACAAAGGAUAAGAUCAUUUCUGAGCUGGACAAAAUCCAGCAGGAGGUGACGGAGCACAUCGAGGACAGCCGCGACCGUCUGGAUGGGAUGGACGGGGAUGUGCGGCGGUUCGAGAACACGCUCUUGGUGGAGAUGGGAGACUGUAAGAGGUCUGGAGACGGUCUGGAGAAGAGGCUUUCGAAGCUGGAGGGAGUCUGUGGGCGGCUGGAUGGCGUCUCUGAUUCCAUUCUGAAAAUUAAAGAAGGACUGAACCGCCACGUGUCGAGUUUGUGGACAUGUGUCUCUGGUCUGAAUGAUUCAGUAGUUCAUCAUGGAGGAAUCAUGGACAUCAUUCAGAAGAACCAGGACGAUGUCUACGGCAGGAUGAAGAACCUGAACUCAAGCCUGAACCAGGUCCUCAAAGACCUUCAGACUUUUUCUGAACAUGAUCUGACAGGCCUGCCUGGACCCCCAGGACCCCCCGGAGAAAGAGGCUUCAAUGGGCUGCCAGGUCCCCGAGGGCCCCUGGGACCUCCUGGACGGCCAGGUGAAAGUGGAACACGAGGUUUGCCCGGUCCCAAAGGUGAAACAGGUCUGCCUGGCGCGGACGCUCACAUUCCCCGACUGUCCUUCUCUGCGGCUCUCACCGUUCCCAUGGAGCGAGCUGGAACCAUUGUGUUCGACAAGAUCUUUGUCAAUGAAGGAGAUUUCUAUGACCCGAGAACAGGUAUUUUCACCGCCCCUGUAGAUGGACAUUACUUCUUUAGUGCCAUCCUGACGGGUCAUAAGAAUGAGAAGAUUGAGGCGGUUCUGUCUAAGUCGAACUACGGCAUGGCGCGGGUGGAUUCUGGUGGCUACCAGCCUGAAGGUCUGGAGAACAACCCUGUGGCCGAGGCUAAAACCCCUCCAGGAUCUCUGGCUGUCUUCAAUAUCAUCCUGCCUCUGCAGACUCGGGACACAGUCUGCAUCGACCUGGUGAUGGGUAAACUGGCGCACUCUGUGGAGCCCCUCACCAUCUUCAACGGCGUGCUGCUGUAUGAAGACAUGUGACCAUGUCAUGAUAAAACCACAGGAGGCUGCACUAUAAAGUAUGAUGUCACUCCCUCUUUGAAGAAUGAUGCUAAACAGAUGAACAGAUUUGCGUUUCCAUAUUCAGACAGAUCACAUGUUCUUGUUUUAUAAUAUAAAUCUCAAGAGUCACUUAAUGUGUGGAUGACAUGAGGUCAUAUGAUGUUAAAUCAGAGCAGGACUGUGAGGACAUUUGAUUCUGUACACCAGGAUCACCUGAUGAGUUUUAGAACUGCUUCCUACUGAUGCUUGAAAAUGUUGUCAUUAAUAAUUACAGUGUUAACACUCUGAAGCGACCCCUAAAGGCUGCAGAGUUCAUUACAGCCACAGCAUGAACAAACUGAUCCUCAGAGAGUCAUCAAAGCUACGAAGAUCAGUGUCUGAAUGUUCACUGAUCAUCUGACUGGGAGAUGUUGAGAUAUAAGAUCAUAGACUGAGAUGUUGGACGGACAGAAAGAUGGACGCUUGUUGCCGUCCUCGAGACCCGCCCCCGGUAGCUCAGGCUUUAUAAAAGCAGAAUGUGUUUCUUGUUGGAUUUUAUGACUGAGAUGAGUUCACAUUUUGAAUGUUUCAUAUUAAGCUGCAGUGUUUCUUGUUUUGUUUGUAUGUUCUGCCAAGUAUUUAAGCCAUCGUCACAUAAUUUCACUCUGAUGGACAAAUGUGACAAGACAAAGCUGAAAAUACUACAUUUGCUUAUUGUCAGUAAAUCCCAUUAAAUGUCCGGUGGUGGAUAAAAUGUUCAGAUCAUAUCUAUCAAUCAAUCAAUCAAUCAAUCAAUCAAUCAGUUUUAUUCAGAAAGCCCAAUGUCACAAAUCACAAUUUGCCUUGCAGGGCUUUACAGCAUAUGAUAUCUCUCUGUACUUAGGACUCUCACAGCUGAUCAGGAAAAACUCCCCAAAAAACUUCAACAGGGGAAAAAAACGGUAUGAAAACCAGCAGACAAACUUAAUUUCAGGUAAAAUCCUGCAGUCUAAGUGUUACUUAAUACAAGUCUUAUCAACCAAAUCUACUUAAAGUAUUAAAAGUCCAACAACGGAGCUCUGAGGUUAAAGGUUAAAGGGAGUGUGAAAAUGGGAUCUAUUGACAAAAAUAGAAAUAUUUAGUAUUAUCAGAUAAAGAUUUUCAGAGUUAUAUUAAACACAUGAAGCUGAGAACGAUGGACAACAUGUUACUGCCUGAGAAGGACAAAGGGUAUGAAUCAUGUAUUUCAACAGAUCAAGACAUUUAAAGAUUUCCGAUGGUCGUCAGUUACAGACGUGAUGUGAGGUCGUGUUUGUCUCGACUCUUAACAGUUUACAGAUAAACUGAUGGACAAAAGGAUCACAGAUAUUUAUAAUAUGAUACCUAUGUUCAUUGACGCUUAAGCAGAUCUGAACAGCAGUGGAUUUAACAGACUUUAUUCUCUUACAGGUUUUAGUUCCAGUUUUCAUAUUAACUUGUCCUUUACACUUCACACUAUUGUAUUGACAAAUAAUUUUCACUGUCAUUAAACACAAGUCAAACCAGG